AAUAAUUAGGAACUGGACCAUGGUGCAGGGUGUGGGAGAGGACUAACGUGACGCUGUCGGCCCUUCUGCAGAGACCUGUGCCACUACUCUCCUCCUUCCACUACUAUAGACCUCAUCACUCAUCUUGAGUACAAACCAAACUAACUGUUCUUUGCUUCAUUAGAUUUUAUGGGGCUGGAUGGGUGAUAGGAAACACAACCCACUUUAGUUUCCCUCUGGCCUCUUCUUCCUCCUCUUCCUCUCUCUCUCUCUCUACUUUAUUCUCUCUCACCACUUUCUGAUAAAACUAAAUUUUUACCCAGAACGAGCAGCUUUCUUCUGUUUGUUUCGAAUGGUGGUGCAACUAUCAAACAAAUCUCACUUCAAUUUUACAGCAAGUUUCUUGUAUUUAUGUGCUUUUAAUUCAUCUACUAUACCCAUCAGUCCAUAAUCUCAAGCUCCAUCACCAGCUUAGGUAUUUGGAAACAGGCCAUUGAAAUUAGUGAGAUGGGUUGGUGGGUUAGCACCGAAAAUGUCAAAAUCAGAAUAGAAAAAGAAUAAUCUUAAGCUGGUGAUUAGUUCUUUGAUCAAGCUGGAUUAAGAUGGAGAUCGAUAGCUAGCAUACAUGAAUUUACGGAAACAGUGAUCUGAAUCUAGCUAGCUCCCUUCGAUCGUUUUUAUAAUUAUAAAAGAAAAAUAGGCUGGGGGAUCAAUCAAAAAUCUGUACUAUAUAGCCAUAUACCAGAUUUAAUGGAGGUGAGAGGCCAAGAUAAGGUUUUAGGGAUGCCAACCACUUUGGGGUUCAAUCCCCAACAUAGAGACUCUUCUUCUUCCAAGCUCUCUUCUCCAUCUCUUCAUCAUCAUGUUAACAACACAUUAAUCUUUAACCACCCCCAAACCCUAGACCCUUUUUAUCAGGCUCCACCUCAUCAUCAUCAUCAUCAUCAGCCUCAGCAAUCGAAUCCAUACAAACCCAGUAGAGAUCCUGACCCAAUCCCUAUCCCAAACCCAGAUCCAAACCUAUCACCAGCUGCUGUCUGCACCAGCCCAAGAGCAACAAGCGGCACACCAAUUGCAAGCCGAGCAAACCACAGCUUCAAAGCAGCACCAUCGGCACUGGCACCUGAGCCAAUUACAGCUUCGAAAGCAGUUAGAUAUCGAGAAUGCUUGAAGAAUCACGCAGCGAGCACUGGAGGGCAUGUACUGGAUGGCUGCGGAGAGUUCAUGCCGAGCGGAGAGGAAGACAGCCCGGGAGGACUAAAAUGUGCAGCAUGUGAGUGCCACAGGAAUUUCCACAGGAAAGAGAUCGAGGGUGAAACCCAACUAGUACAUGUACCCAAUAAUUACCAUGUCCUUAACCACCACAACAAAAACAGCCACAGUAGCCGGAAUGCAUCAUCAGCACCUGUUCUAUCCUCACUCCCUCCACCACCUCCUGUUCAUCAUCAUCAUCAGUACCAUCAUUUCCCAGCCACUAGUCCUUCCGUGGCCGGAUCAUUUCCUCCUGGGAUGAUGACUUUUGGAGGUGGCGGAGGGGCGGCUGAGUCAUCUAGUGAGGAUCUCAACCACAUCCACAUGUACGAGCAGUCAAAUCAGGCCGGGGGUUCGAAGAAGCGGUUUCGGACAAAGUUCAGCCAAGAGCAGAAGGACAAGAUGAUGGAGGUGGCAGAAAAGUUGGGAUGGAGGAUCCAGAAGCACGAUGAGCAAGAGGUGCAGCAGUUGUGUUCUGAAUUGGGUAUAAGGAGACAGGUUUUCAAGGUAUGGAUGCACAAUAAUAAACAAGCCAUGAAGAAGAAGCAACUGUAAGGCAAUUGAUCUUUUAUUAAUUCUUCACAUGGUUGUUCUUUGGAGAUUUGGGGAGAGAGAAAUUUAGUGAAUAGACCGAUUUGUAUGUGCAUAUCAAAUAGAGAUGAGAGUUAGAUAGGAUGCGCAAUAAUAAACAAGCCAUGAAGAAGAAGCAACUGUAAGGCAAUUGAUCUUUUAUUAAUUCUUCACAUGGUUGUUCUUUGGAGAUUUGGGGAGAAAGAAAUUUAGUGAAUAGACCGAUUUGUAUGUGCAUAUCAAAUAGAGAUGAGAGUUAGAUAGGAUGCGCAAUAAUAAACAAGCCAUGAAGAAGAAGCAACUGUAAGGCAAUUGAUCUUUUAUUAAUUCUUCACAUAGUUGUUCUUUGGAGAUUUGGGGAGAGAGAAAUUUAGUGAAUAGACCAGAUUUGUAUGUGCAUAUCAAAUAGAGAUGAAUUUGAUAUGAGAGUUAGAUAAAUGCAUUCGCUCC